UAGGUGGAUGUGCCGAUGCUCAUGUCAUAUUAUAACCUUUAUUGUUGACAACUGUUUGUCAACAAAAUGACAUUAAUCGAAUGAGAUUGCCGAAUAUCUAAUUGCAGUAUUUAAUGACAGGCACGAGGUUAACUCUAGUGAGUAGCUAUAAUGUGUGAUACUGUCUGCUAAACCUAAUGUCAAUUUGGAUCCCGCGUAGCCUUGCAUAGGUUUAAGAGAGAAAAAUGCUGAAUCGCUUUAAGUCAGUAUUAAUGAGUGCUGUAGGCGCAAGUGAACUUGGCCUACAGUACCCUAAUGAUUCGGAUAAAGAUAUGAUGACAGAUUAUAUUAAUUCAAAUUAUGUUGUGGAAGUGGAAAAUAAACCUUAUAGCCGUCCAAGUUUUCUAGGCUUGACAUCUGAGGAAACACAGGUGAGUGCAGAUCACAGAGUAAGGCCUAUCAUAGUUCCAAGGGAUCUCAGCCGUUUACCAUGGUGCGCUGGUUAUGCAGAAUGUAUAAAUGCUGGAAAGAGUACUUGGAAUGAGGAUCAAGCUUCUGCUACUCGUGGAGAUCUAAAAUUGUCAGAUGCUAAUGUUACACUGCCUUAUGUCAUAUUUUCAAUGUUUGAUGGCCAUGCAGGGUAUCAAGUUGCUCUUACAGCAAGGUUACACCUACAUAGAAUAAUUCUUGAAAGGUUACUGGCUAUACCGGGUAAUAUGUUACUAAAUGAAGAUGAGGAAGAGUUAAUAAAGGGCAGAGACCUAGUUACAGGUGCUAUAGAAUUAGCAUAUAGACAAAUGGAUCAGAUGGUGGAAAUGCAGGCGCAAAGUGGCGGUGGUGGUUGUACGGCUAUUACUAUCUUAUUUCUUAAUGGGAGGCUAUAUGCUGCAGGAGCUGGUGAUUCCAGAGCUGUACUAGUAUUGGGGGAGGAUCAGCGCGCUCUUACCAGAGAUCACACUCCGGAUUCCGAAUCAAACCGUGUCAGAGCUUUAGGCUGUUUAAGAAGCAACGAAUUGCUUAAAGGUCAUUUCACUCCGUUGGAGUUUAAAAAGAGACCAUUGCCGAAAGAAUUGGGAUCUAUGGUCUUGUAUAGAGAACCAUAUAUGACGGGUUGGGCAUACAAAACCCUAACGUACCCUGACUUAAAAUUACCGCUCAUUUCUGGACACGGAAAGAGGAGUAGAGUAAUGGGGACAAUAGGCGUGACUAGAGGUUUCGGAGAUCACGGUUUAAAAGCGGCUAACACCGGUGUCAACAUUAAACCGUUUCUGUCGUCUCAACCUGAAGUACAAUCUCUGGACUUGGAUAGUUGUAAUCUCACCGAGAGAGAUUGUAUUAUUGUCGCUACUGAUGGACUCUGGGAUGUAGUAUCGGACAAAGCAGCAGCAACUAUACUUAGGAAGACACUUGCCCCUGACACUCCAUCAUUAGAAUACAGACUCACAAUGGGUGCUCAAGAAUUAGUGCAAGCUGCGAGAGGUCGAUUAAUCGGCAGAGUAUGGAUGGGAAAGCCCGAGAAUCCUGACGAUUCGGUUGAAAAAUUCUCACCGACAGCAUCAGUGGAUGACAUAAGCGUAUUAGUAGUACCUUUAUAUCCCUAUUUAUGUGAACAUAAGCAAUGGUUGAAGACUACUCAACAAGAACGAAGAUAUGCUACUGAACCUUUACACAUAUCAACCAAUAAUCCUGCAUAAUAAAUCGUUACGGCUACCUAGUCGUACAGUCCAUCAUGAAAUAGGAACACAAUUUUAUUAUACAAUAUUCUACUCUUAAUGAAAUACAUUUAUCCGCAUUGCCAUGAUAAUUCAUCACAAACUCAUAAUUAUUAUUAUUUAAUCUCUUUAGAAUAAUUGGCGACAUCUGAAUCAACAAUCGCCCCGUAUAUAUAUUUCACACAUUUUUCUUUGAAAUAAUAAAUUAUUGUAUACUGCCACCGUAAGAAUGUAUGUUAAUCACACAAAAAGCUAUGUUAUAAUUAUUUAAAUAGACAUUCCAUUAUGCAUGUUUCAUACUAAUUGUAAUAUGAAACAUUUACAAUAUUCCAAAACGUUUGAUAUAUAAGCACUAAUUAUUGGAUUGUUAUUACAAUUAGUAUGUAGAUUGUACACAAUAUAUAAUAUUAAAAGAUACAAAUAUUUUUAUAUUGCUUUUAAGGAUCAAUAAUAUGUUACCAUUCAAUAUAUUCUGAGUGUAUUACGGUAUUUCAUCAUAUAUUGUUAUGUUUCCAUUAGAAUUCUACUAUAAUAAGAUGAUAUUGUACGUGUGAUGUAAGUAAUAUAUAUGAGUAUGUGUAGUAAGAAAAUUGUACAUAAAUAGAGAAAACACUACUAUCUUUUUAAACACGAUAAUGAGUAGAUUUUAUGACAUCAUGUAUUAUAUAAUACGA